AGAGGGCGAAUAACCUUUGGCGGUAAUGACAGAUCUAGUCUGAAAUCAACUUGGUGCGAAAUGCGAACAAAAGACCAAAACACACUGUGUAUUGAAGUGUUGGCUGUGGUGUUGGUAUUAUCACGUGUCACAAUAAAAGUUUAAGCGUAAUGUGUUAUCAGACCAUCUGUCAAAUCUCUUAAAUCAAAACAUAUGGUCAAAACUUUGUGAAAAUCGUUAAAACAUCAAAGUCAUUUUGAAAUGUAUGAGCAAAAUAUUCCAAUUGAUAUUAAUACUACAAAACUAUUAGACUGGUUGAUAAGCAGAAGACAUGUUAAUAAAGACUGGCAAAAUUGUGUUUUGAAAAUUAGAGAAAAAAUUAACAAUGCUAUACAAGAUAUGCCAGCUCAUGAUGGUAUUAUAAAGUUAGUAUCUGGACAACACAUAAAUUAUUUUCAUUGCUUAAGAAUUGUUGACAUUCUUAAAGAAACGGAGGCAGAUUCUAAAAACUUAUUCGGGAGGUAUGGAUCACAACGAAUGAGAGAUUGGCAGGAUAUACUAUCAUCAUAUCAAAAAGAUAAUGUAUAUUUAGCAGAGGCAUCUCAAAUGCUCAUUCGUAAUAUAAGUUUUGAAAUACCAAGUUUACGUAAACAAGUAGCAAAAUUACAGCAGAGUUUAACGGAAUGUGAGAAAAAAGUAAAGGAUUUUUCAAAAACUGAGGCCACUGCCUUGAAAGAAUUUAGUUCGUCUUGUGAUCAACUGGGAAUUACAGGAGAUAAUAUUAAAACUGAAUUAGUAAGUUUGUUAAAAGAGUUGCCAUCAAUUUAUGAGAUAGCAUCUGAAAAAAUUAAAAUUGUGUCACCGGCUAUUGAACUAUAUAAAGAAUUCAACAAGUACUUGUCUGGGAAUAAAUCAGAUGUUCAAAUAUUGCCAGUGUUAGAGUAUCUCAUUAAAUUUGGUAACACUACUACUUAUGAAUAUACCUAUGGCGAAAAACCAGUUGAGAUUGAAGAGAGUUCUCUUAUAAUUACUGAGGAAGAAAUACAAUUGGAAAGUGACAAAAUAGACUUUGGGGAUGCUGAUACAGGUGAUAAUGAAGCCAAUAUAGAUUUUGACAUUGAUACGGACAAUGGUAGCAUCGACUUUGGAGACAUCACUGUUAGCGAGGAACAAGAUAUUGACUGGGGAUCAUCAUCUAAUGGCGAAGACGGAUUUGAGAUUGUUACUCAUGCAGAUUUAGAAGUAAAUCUCGAGGAAUCUGGAAUUGUUGUAGAAAAAGCUGGAAUUGACGGUGGAGUGGCAAGGGGUGAGGAAACUUUGAGUAUCCUAGAUAAUCCUAAAACUCAAGAGCAAAUAAUAAAUAAUUUGAUGGAACUUGGCUCUUUUCUGAAAAUGAGGUUAUUCGAAAUGUCUAGUGAAUCUGAUAUGCUUGCAAUGUCUCAAAUGCAAGACGCACCAACUGUCCUUCAAAUGCAAACAGUAGAAUCAGUUGCAACUAUGAACGCUUGCAUCAAUGUGGCACUUGACCAGCUGACCAAUAAGAGAAUACAACAUUUGCACAAUAUAAAACAUUCACCCAAAUAUGUAGAUAUUUUGACCGCCACUCUGAAACAGAAAUUGUCCCUUGUAGAGAAAAUGAAAUCUAACAAGACAUUGUUGGAGGAUAAAAUUAAAGUUUUACAAAUGGAAGCGAGAAGCAUCGAACCUAUCAUUCAAAAGUUAAUUGAAAGAACAAAGCACUUACAGAAAGAAAUUGAAGAAGAUAUUUCCAAGAGGUAUAACAACAGGGUGGUAAAUAUUGUAGGCGCUGUCAAUUUGUUGUAGACCUAAAGAGCAUGUAUAGCUUAUACUUACUUUGUAAAUAUAUUUUUCCUAAACCAA